AUGGAAGAUAGACAUAUAAACUUCGAAGUAUUUAAAAGUUCAUAUUUAGAAAAACACUUGAAAAUAGAGGAUUUGGAUGAAUGUAUUAAAAAGAAAAGAAAUGACAAGAAUAAAGAAAUUAUGGAAAUAAUAAGUCAAGGGGAUUCACUUAAAAGGUUGUAUAGUAAUAAUGAUGAUAAAAAUGAUCAUGAUAUUAUUAAUGAUGAUAAAAAAGAAAAUGUGUCUAUUAAAAAUCGUAUUGACCAUAUGAAUAUCAAUACAUCUGAUCUUCCUUUGAAGAACGAAAAAAAUAAAAACAUUUUCUUUAAAAAGUAUAAUUCUCUUCACAUUGAUCAUACAGACACGAAGAAGAAAAUAAAUGAAUUCCUAAAAAAAUAUAAAGAUACAUAUAAUAUAUUCAAAGAAAAGAAACUACCAUUAUGUAAUAAUAUAGAUGAAUUAUUUCAUAAUAAUUAUAAUAAUGAUAAAGAACAAAAUUCUCAUAAUCAGUUAUCAUCUCCUAAGAAAUAUAAUAAUAAUAUAAAAUCUAUCAUACAAUUAAAUGAACAAAAUAAAAAGUAUGAUGUCGAUAAUAUUAAUAAUUUUAUACAAAAGAAUAUUAUAAAAAAUAAUUCCUUAGGUAUGCAAAAAAUUCUUUGUAAUAUUAAAAGUACCUUCAAUGAUUUUAUCGAUGUGUAUAUGGAGAAACCAAAUACAGAUAUCGAUUUUUUGUAUAACAAAAUAUAUGAGGAGAAAAAAAAAAAAAAAAACAAUUAUAAUAAUAAUAAUAAUAAUAAUAAUUAUAAUCAUAAUAAUAAUGAUGAAAUAUCAAAACAUAUAUACGAAUGUAAUAUAUUAAAAGAUGUUAAUCCAAAAGGAAGAGAUGUUAAAGAGAUAAACAAAAUAAAGAAGAUAAAGGAUCAAUUUGGUUGUUCAAAAAAUGAACCAUAUGAAUAUAUAAAUAUGAUAUCUGAAUAUAUGAACAAUAAUAAUAAUAAUAAUAGAUCUUUUAUAAAAGAAGGAUAUCAUACAAAUAAAAAAGACACAGAUAGUACAAAAGAAAAGAUAAAAGAAGAAAAAGAUGAAGUUCUUUUAAAUUAUGAAUUAGAAGAAAAUUCGAAUGAUGAAAUUAUUGAUACACAAACAAAUGAUAAGAAUGUGGUUGAUGUAUCUGUAUUAACACAUAAAUAUAAAUAUCGAUCGAACAUUAUAUUUACUAUAAAUAAAAUAAAAAACCUAGAAAGCAUUAUAGAAAUAAAUAUUAGUAUUACAGAUAUAAAAUUAAAAAUACCUGGAAUGAGGAUAGAAAAUAUUAUCUUACCAUACAAAUAUAACAAUGAUAUAUUAAGAAUAGAAAUAAAAACAUUAAAAAAUAAAUUAAUACAUAAUAAUAAAUUAAACAAACAUAUUUAUAAAAACAAAAAUGAAUAUAAUUUUAAUUCCUCCUGUUCAGAUAAUUUAUGUCCAACAAAAAAAGAUUCAAAAGCAAAAAUUAUAUGUUAUUAUGCUUUCAUACCUUUAUGUAAUAUAAAAGAUCAAAUUAUUAAUAAAAAAUUAAUUUUGAUUAAAUCGAAAAAUAAAGAAAUAUAUGAAAAAGAGAAAUUAUUACCAGAAACAUUAUAUUUAAUACAAUCAAAAGAUAUUACUUCUUCUCAAGAAAAAUAUUUUUAUAUUUCUAUAAAAAAAUGUAUACAUGGUAUUCAUUAUUAUCCAAAUAAUAUAAAUGAUGAAAAAGAUAAUAUACAACAUAAUUAUUUUACACCUAUCUACGUAAGUUUAUAUAAUGAUAAUGUUGAUAAUUAUAUUGCUCAUAUAAUAAAUCAAAAUAAUUAUGUCGAAAAAAUUAAAAUACAAAAGAUAAUAGAAAAUGAGACAAAAAAUUAUAAUGAUCAUAAUAUUAACAUAUCACAAGGAUCAUAUAUUAUAAACAAUAUGUAUUUUAAAUUUUUUUUUAAUCAUAAUAAAGAAUUAGUAUGUAAUAAUCAAAAUCAUACAAAAACAAAUAAUACAAAUCAACACAAAGCUGUUGAUAUAUUCCAUUUUUUAUGUAAUAAUUAUAUAUCAAUAAAAUGUCCAUUGGAUUUAAUUCCUCUAUAUAUCUUACCUCCAUAUCAAGAUCUUCAAUAUCUGGAUUUUAUAGGAAAUAAUAAAUUUUUAAAAUUGAAGUUUAUAUUACAUCUACUGUCUAUUAUGGAAAAUAUAUGUAUUCAUAUAUGUUCACUCAUGAAUAUUAAAAUAAACACAUCUCCUAUUUUUAAUGAUCAUCUUAAGUCUGUUGAAAUAAAGGAUGAACAAAAUAGAAAGAAUUAUUUUACUUUUAUGUACACCUCCUACAUGCCUAAUGAGCAAGGUGCCGUCAUAAGUGCAGAGCAUAUAAACGAAAAUAAUAAUAAAAAAAAUAAUGAUGAUAAUAAUAAAAAAAAUAAUGAUGAUGAUGAUAAUAAUAAUAAUAAUAAUGAUGAUGAUGAUAAUAAUAAUAAUAAUAAUAAUAAUAAUAAUAAUAAUAAUAAUAAUAUUAUUUGUGGGGAUGAAGAUAAAAAGAAUUAUUUUGUAAAUUAUAUAAAGCCAUUCAUCUUUCGAUUCCAAAAUGUAGAUAAAAAUGAUAUACCAAAUAAUUUGAGAAAUAUUAAUAAAUAUAUGUAUAAUAAAAUUAAUAAUAAUGAUCAUUAUGAUUAUACUAAUUUUUAUGGUGAGGAUUCUAUUUCUAUACAUCAAGAUCUACAAAAGAAUCAUGUAAAAAAUGACAAAUUUCAUAUGGAAAAAAUAAACGAUAAUGAUCUUUUCAUUUAUGAAUAUGCUAAAAAACAAGCACUUUUUAUAUAUAAUAUUAUCAAAGAUUAUGAUGAUAUAAUAAACAUACACAAAUUUUAUGAUCAAGAAAAAAAUAUCUUAUAUACUACUAAUUAUAAUAAACACUCUUUCCAAAAUUUUUAUAUGCACAUCAUAGAUGAAUAUAAUAAAAUUAUUAAUCAAACUUGUAUAUCCAAACAACAAAUAUAUAUAAAUCAAUAUGAUAAAAAAAGAGAAAAUGACAUUUCCUUUUUUAAUAACACACACAAUACAAAAGAUAACAUAUUGUCUAUACAACAUAAUAAUAAUAAUAAUAAUGUAAAAGAAAAUAUUACAAACAAUAAUUUUUUAUCUUCAAAUUAUGAUAAUCUUGAAAAUUAUAAUAAAAGUUACAACAUAUUAAAUCUAUCCAAAAAGGAACUUAAUAAUAAUGUAACAUGUACAAAAUGUAAAAUCAAAGACAUAGGAAAUGUACACUGUAAGGAUAACAAUUUCUUAGAUUUUUUUAAUAAAGACGAAGAAAAUAAUAAUAGUGAUAAUAACAAAAACGAUAUUCAUAUGGAUGAUCUUGACAAAUAUAUCCAGCAUAAUAAUCCUUCUUCUCCUCAUUACUUUAUAUCCUCUAAAAAUAGGGAUAAAGAACCUCAAGACAAAACACAUAUACAUUAUUUGAAUAACAAAAAAAAUGAGAAAAUAAACGUGCACAUAGAUAUGUGUGAUCAUACAAAUUCAAAAUACAAUCCAUUAAAUAGUAAAGAAAACAAUUCUAUGAAAAAGGAAAUAAACAAAAAUCUUGUAGAAUAUAAAGAUAACUUCUCAACGUCUAGUAAAAAAUGUUAUGAAGCUAAUUACAUAAACAAAAAUUUUUCCUUCUCUCCAGAAUAUUUUGAAGAAACAAACGAAUGUAUAAAUGAAAAUUCAAAACAAAAUAAUAAUAGGAAUAAAGAAAACAUCCAAUUAUUUCAAGAUGAUAACAAAAAAGAGAAAAAUUAUGAGGAAUAUAAUAAAAUAAAUGAAAAGUUAGAUAAUAAUCCGAUAUAUAAAACAAAAGAAAAAAAUCGCAAUAAUAAUAAUAAAAAAAAUAAUAAUAGUAAUAAUUUAAGUUAUAUGUAUGGACAAACUAAUAUAAAUAAUAAGAAAAAUAUAAUUCUGAAGGAUGGAACUAAGGACAAUGUAAACAAAUUUAAUGAUGAUAAUUAUAAUAAUAGAAAAAAAACUUGUAAUUUGAUUAAAUCUAAUAUUUACAAAAUGUAA